AGAUUUUGCUGGUUCCGCAUUUCGGGUCGGCAAGGUGGGGGUGGCGAGCGUAGCAGCUAGCACCGGCAAGACCCCCGGCCCGGAGCACCGGCGCUCGGUGUUUCCGCUGGCGGAGAGCUGAGGGCUAUCCGCUUCCUCGUGGUUCCCGCGCGGGUUACGAGUCCAGACCGCGGCGGGGGCCAGCGGCCCCUCCCCUCCGAGGAUAGAAGAUGAGCUUCCUCUUCAGCAGCCGCUCUUCCAAAACGUUCAAACCAAAGAAGAAUAUCCCUGAGGGCUCUCAUCAGUAUGAACUCUUAAAACAUGCAGAAGCAACUCUGGGAAGUGGGAAUCUGAGACAAGCUGUUAUGUUACCAGAGGGAGAGGACCUCAAUGAAUGGAUUGCUGUUAACACUGUGGAUUUCUUCAACCAGAUCAACAUGUUAUAUGGGACUAUUACAGAAUUCUGCACUGAAGCAAGCUGUUCAGUCAUGUCUGCAGGUCCAAGAUAUGAAUAUCAUUGGGCAGAUGGUACCAAUAUUAAAAAGCCAAUCAAAUGUUCUGCUCCAAAAUACAUUGACUAUUUGAUGACUUGGGUUCAGGAUCAGCUUGAUGAUGAAACUCUUUUUCCUUCCAAGAUUGGUGUCCCGUUUCCCAAAAACUUUAUGUCUGUGGCAAAGACCAUUCUAAAGCGUCUGUUCCGGGUUUAUGCCCAUAUUUAUCACCAGCACUUUGAUUCUGUGAUGCAGCUGCAAGAGGAGGCCCACCUCAACACCUCCUUUAAGCACUUUAUCUUCUUUGUUCAGGAGUUUAAUCUGAUUGAUAGGCGUGAGUUGGCACCUCUUCAGGAAUUAAUUGAGAAGCUUGGAUCGAAAGACAGAUAAAUGUUUCUUCUAGAACACAGUUACCCUCUUGCUUCAUCUGCUAGAACUCUCUCAUUGCUCUCUGUUAUAGACUAGUGAUACAGACUUUAAAAGAACAGGAUAAAAAGACACCUGUUGUUUGUGUCUACUGAUAAAAUUGUCCCAAAGGUAGGUUGGCCUAAUCCUUCAGUGAGAAAUUCAAGACACAGCUGAAUCUGAGGCACUGUGUGACCACUCCUGUUAUUGUCAGAGUCCUACUUGGUUGUAAUAUGUGAUGACUAACAUAAAGUCUAUUAGUUUACUUAUGCUUUUACUGAAGAAAAUGUGCUUCGGGUAGCAGCAUAAUGACUAUUGAGAAUUCCCACCAAUAAUUUAUUAACAGGUUUCCAGAGCAAAUUACCUAAUAAUGCAUUCAGAUCUGUUUUAUUCUGCUUUUAUUUACACAUAGAAGAGAUAUUUUUAAGUUUCCUUAAGAUUUAGAACAUUUGUGUGUUACUUUGGAUAACCUUUUAGUUUGCAGUUUGUAUGCUAGUGUUUUUAUAGAUAAGAAUAUAUAUAUAUAUAUGUUUAUUUUUUCAAAAUUCAUGAUUGCAUUUUAAAUCCUCAUAUGACCUGUGUGGUUAGUAUGGGAGUAACCAGAGUUAUUUCUAAAAUGACUUUAUUUUUUAAUCUUUAUUUGGGAUUUUAUUCACAUAAACCUAUCUAAAUUUUUAGGAGUGUGUAUAUCACAAAUAAUUUUCUUAAGGCAUGUAAGGGUAGUCUUUUACAUUUUUAUUUUGAAAUGCUUCAUUCAGAUUAAUUUGAAUAGGUAGCUUUUGGCUGAGAAAAAGACUGCAAAAAAUUAUAACAAAUUUAGGUCUCAGAACCACUAUUUUCAUUCAUGUUGUUUUUCAGAGGCCUUGAAAUUCUGGAUAGGAGAAUGGAAGAAAGUACUCAGAGUACUUGAUUAUUUUCUUUUGAGUGUCCUUUAAAAAAAAAAAAAAGAAUUACUUCUAUAUGUUUUUGUUGUGACUUGAGACUUAAUUAAGAGUAGUGUAGAAAUACUUAAUCUUUAUCCCAAUAAGGAUAAAACUUAAGACCAUAAUAAAAAACCUUGAAGGUGUACACAUCUUAUUUUAUAACACAGCUUAGUUUGGUGUGCUGUGUGUGUGUGUGUGUGUGUGUGUUGAAGGGAAACAAAAUGGGAGGAAUAAGUAAAAAAUCUUGCUUCAUUCUGUUAGUAGUCCAAGGAUGGAUUGAGUCCCCAUAGGUUUAAUCCUUUUUUAAUUGUUUUUGUAUCAAAACUUGAAAUUCUUCUAUUGGGAUAAAAAGAAUCUUCCCCUUUAGUGAAAUAAAAGCCGUUAGGUUUCUAGGAUGUAGUAAACUCCAGCUGCCUGUUGAGAAUGUACCGGGCACGGGUAUACUAAAGACUGCCAGACCGGCGCUGCUUUAAGUUUGUCUGCAUUCUGGGUUUAAGAGCCGUGAUUUUUGCAGAGUACUCACCAACUCCCGUGAUGGUUUUGAUAAAACGUUAAGAUUUGUUAGGGUUUUUUUUUUUGCUGUUGUUAUUUAUUUUUAUUGUCCUACUAAAGUAUGAAGAAUUGCGUAGCUACUCCAUUUUUAUAGUAAUUCAACUUCAUAUCCAGAUAUCCAGAAUUUUAAUUUUUUUUUUUAAUGUUUAUUCAUUAUUGAAAGAUAGAGACAGAGCAUGAGCAAGGGUGGGGGAGACACAGAAUCCAAAGCAGGCUCCAGGCUCCAAGCUGUCAGCACAGAGCCCGACGAGGGGCUUGAACUCACAAACUGUGAGAUCAUGACCUGAGCCAAGGUCAGACGCCCAACGGACUUAGCCACCCAGGUGACCCCACAUAUCCAGAAUUUUAAAGGAAACAAAACAUCUUAUCUAUUUUAGGCUGAAACCAUAUAUCGUUUCAGGAGUUUAAAAGUGGGAUGAUUAGUCCCUUAUGAAAAAAAGGGAAAAGCCGUCUAAAACAUUCCACAAUCCAUGUUUAAAGCUUAUCCAAAGGUCCCUGUCAGAAGUUCAGUGUGUUUAUGUUGAUCAUUUAUGAACAAGAAAGCAGGUUUCUAGAUGCUGCCUAGAACGUUACUGCCUCUCAACUUUGGCUUUGAUUAAGUCUUCAAGGAAUGAAAUUAUAUUUCUCAGCUGAGGUUGUACUUUGCAUCAUUUCUAAUAUUUCGUGAUUCUUAAACAAAAGAGUUCUCACUUUUCUCCAUUUAUUUUCAGUGCUAGGAAUCCCCCCCCCUCUC